AUCAGGUUCAAGUAAUGCAUUGAUAAACACAAUGUGUAUGGUAUGUUGACAUAUAUUUUAGCAUAUAAUGAUAUACUACAGUAGUCCCUCCCGUAUCUGUGGGAUAACUUCCAAGACCCAUGAUAACGUUUAACUGAUAAAUCGUGCACAAGUCGAGAAUUAUCACUUUCACUGAUGAGAAGCACUUUACAGCUUCUCUUAGACUUUGAAGAACUGCCACCAUCACUACUUUUGUGCUUUGAGGCCAUUAUUAAGCAAAAUUAUGGGUUGUUUUUGGGCUACAGUAGACCAUGGAUAACUGAAAGUGUGGAAACCAAAACCAUGGGUGGUGGUUCUGCUAUACUAUAGAUGUUGGUUAUUACUCUAAAUACUGUAUUAAUCUUUUAAAUGUUAAUUUCAGGUGAGCAGGUUCGAGUCCUGAGCUACAACAAGUCUGGAGAAUGGUGUGAAGCCCACGCUGGUUGGGAGGUGGGCUGGGUCCCGUCCAACUAUAUCACUCCUGUCAACUCGCUGGAGAAACAUUCCUGGUACCAUGGUCCCAUAUCCAGAAAUACAGCGGAGUACCUCUUGUCCUCCGGUAUCAAUGGUUCCUUUCUUGUUCGUGAGUCUGAAAGUUCUCCGGGACAGAGAUCGAUAUCUCUCAGAUAUAAUGGUCGUGUUUACCACUACAGAAUCAACGAGGAUGAAAAUUCAAAGUUAUAUGUGUCGUCAGAGUUCCGCUUCAACACCCUGGCAGAGUUGGUACACCAUCAUUCACAACACGCAGAUGGACUCAUCACUCAGUUACUGUAUCCUGCCCCAAAGAGAAAUAAACCGACUGUAUUUGGUCUCACCCCAGAGCCUGACGAGUGGGAGAUAGAGAGAACAGACAUAGCAAUGAAGCACAAGCUGGGAGGCGGCCAGUAUGGUGAUGUAUAUGAAGCUGUAUGGAAGAGAUAUAACAUCUGUGUUGCUGUUAAGACUCUCAAGGAGGACACCAUGGCUUUGAAGGAUUUCUUGGAAGAGGCGGCGAUUAUGAAGGCCAUGAAACAUCCGAACCUAGUGCAGUUACUGGGGGUGUGCACACGAGAACCUCCGUUCUAUAUAGUGACAGAGUUCAUGACUCGUGGCAACCUGCUAGACUACCUGAGGGUGUGUAGUCACGACGAAGUCAACGAAGUGGUCCUUCUCUACAUGGCUACGCAGGUUGCGGCAGCUAUGGAGUACCUCGAGGAGAGGAAUUUUAUACACAGAGACUUGGCUGCUAGAAAUUGUUUAGUUGGUGAAAAUCACUUAGUUAAAGUAGCGGACUUUGGCUUGGCGCGACUGAUGAGGGAUGACACCUACACUGCUCACGCUGGUGCCAAGUUUCCCAUCAAGUGGACGGCACCAGAGGGCCUCGCAUAUAAUAAAUUCUCCACGAAGUCCGAUGUGUGGGCCUUCGGCAUCUUACUGUGGGAAUUUGCGACCUAUGGAGUAUCUCCAUAUCCGGGAGUCGACCUCACUAAUGUUUACCACUUGCUGGAGUCCGGCUACAGGAUGGAUUGUCCUCAAGGGUGUCCAGUACGUGUGUAUGAGCUCAUGAAACAAUGUUGGCUUUGGAACCCUGCCGACCGACCCACGUUCUCACACAUCCAUCAUGCAUUAGAGACAAUGUUCCAGGAGACAUCCAUUACUGAGGAAGUGGAGCAACAGUUAGCAGCUGGAGGAGGAAGGAAGACAAGAGGGACAGCCUCCUCCAGCACACACCAACAGUGGAGUGAAGAUCAACUUCCCACAAGCCCUCGAACAUCUUCCGCUCGACAAAGAAGCAACAAGAACAAGCACAACAUGAUGGAUGAAGGAAGUAGUCCAAACUUGCCUCGAGAAGUUCGACCAAGUCCAGGUAUCCUCUCCGCUCGAUCAACAGUGGUCCAACUUAGACGCACUACCAAUAAGAAGGGUAAACAGGCGCCAGCACCUCCCAAGAGAACGAGGCAACAGGCUGGCGACUUAGAAGACUCAGCCAGGGGGCGCCUUGGCACCCGCGCCCACAUGGUUCGGCACCCGUCUCUGAGACCCUUUAUAGGCCCCCGUCUGCCUGCAACUGCACAUCGUUCAUUCCGAGACAGUACCUGCACGGAUCAAGAGCUUCCUGCUGGCAUGGCUGGGGAUGAACUCAAUGAAUUCAAUGGUAUAGACAAAAUCUUUGAAGGAAUCCAGAAGGACUUGGCAGACUUAGCAAGCAGUAACGAUGCAGAGAGUGAGAGUGAACUACGAGAGAGAACACCUGACACUGAAGACUCUGGGGCUCAGUCACUUCCCACUACUCAAGGUCUUACUACCACGCACUCCACCUUCAGAGCUGAUCCACCACACCUUCAGUCCUUUAGACAAAAAUCAUCGGCUGGAUUGCGAGACCCUAAGGCUGGUGGCGAGAGAAUACGACGUGGCAGGAUGGAGAAAGCUGAGAGUCAGAGCGGUACUGGAGGAAAACAUCUCACUGUUGCUGCAUUAGAGGUUCACAAUGUGAAAAGGGCCAUUAACCGUUAUGGCACUCUGCCUAAGGGUGCCAGAAUUGGAGCGUACCUUGAAUCUCUUCGCCAGAGUGGUCUUUCCCAAGGUGUGCCUCCACCUGAUGAUAACGUUCAAUCUUCGGAGCAGCGGGAACAACAAGAUCUUGGGCAACAAGAGGAACAGGGUGAUCAUGAAGAAAGUAAAGAGAACCCAGAUAAGAAUACAGUCUCCAUGAUACGCAGCAAUUCUACCCAGAGUGGAUUCCCACCUCAGUCGCCCUUAAUAUCACGGUUAAGCCCUCGUCUUCAGCCUCUUCGAACUGACAAGCGUAUUAAGGAGCCAAGUUUGGCUGAUUUAGAAUUUCCACCGCCUCCAAUAGAUUUGCCUCCUCCACCUGAUGACUUCAUCGAAGAUGCAUUAUCUGCAACACUCGAGUUUCCUCCUCCGCCAGGUUCGGAGCGUUGGUUGGGAACUUCUUCUCCAGAGUCCCGGCGACGCUUGGUACAAAAGCCAAUUCCAUCACCUAGAGCAAGGCGGAAGACAGAUUACUCCAAUGUUAGUCCUCAGAAACUAUCAGCUCAAUCAGUAUCAGAAAAUCAGGUCAUAGCAGAAGGUUCCGAGUCUCCACAAGCAGAGAGAACGACUCUAAGCAUCACACGCUUAAGGCUACGAGACACAGAUGCAGACAAGCCUCCAGUGAGAGCUAAGCCAAACCUUGAUACAAGUAUUGAUGGAGAUACAACUGAGGGUAGUCCAGCCUCGAGGUUUGGAGUGAACUUGAGACACAGAGACCAGUCCUCUGACUCGUGUGAAAGCUUUAAAUCCAGUGAAAAUCUCUCUCCACGACCUGGUCUUGGCAAUACCAAAAUUAAGGCAAAGCCCAGCUCUACUCCUGCCAAAAGUCCAGGUUCAUCAUCAGCUGAAACUGAGGGUUUGCAAACUCCAUCUUCCCCUGUUGGAGAUGGAGGGCAAACUCCAUCCUCCCCUACUGGAGAUGGAGGACAAACUCCAUCCUCUCCAGCAGGAAUAGAUGUAAGUCCUCCGUCGGUUGAUGUUGCGUCACUCGCGUCUCGUGAUGGCAGCAUAGAAGAACUCUCAACAGAAGAACCAAAGGUAGUAAUAGGACUAGGUAUUAAUCAUGAAGUGAAAGAAAGCCUUGAACUUAAACUAGUGUCUGAGUUGAAGGAGGUUGGUGAUAAGAAGGAACAGAGCCCAGAUCCCAUUCCCACUGGGGAAACCUCACCUGGUAGUCAAAAAAAUCCUGCACUGCAGCUAGUCUCGGAGUUAUUUGAAAGUUUACGUCAUAAAAGUAAUAAAGCCAGUGAGAGUCCUCAUCUGGAUAAUGGUAAUACAGUUAAUAACGAACACUUUAUAAAGUCUGAAAUGGAAAAUACUAAUGUAAGAGAUGCUAGUAAUCAAUUAGGCUUCAAACCGAGUUUAAAGAAAGUCAAAAGUCCGUUUGAAAGAAAUAAUUCUGAAAGAGAUCAGAGGAAAAUUAAUUUUAAAGCUCAGCUUAGGAAAACAGACACAACAAAAAGUGUUGAAGAAAGUUGCAACACAGAAAUUGAUCCUCAUAGUACUUUGAUGGACUUCCGAGCACAGCUAAGAAAGACCAAUGUUGUGAAGGACAGUGAAUUAUCAGCAAAAACACCCGAAGAAGAUACUUGUCCUGAGGAUCAGCAAGAAAACGGUGUGCAAGUGUUUAGUGAAGUGAUUAAAAGGACUGAUAAUGGUGGUAAAAAUGAACGGAGCUGUGAUUCUGGCAUCAAGAGUGAUGUUAUGAGUGAAAGCAUAACAAAUAUUCAAAGUGAAAAAAGGGACAGUUUACAAGGUGAAAAGAGGGACACUUUACAAGGUGAAAAGAGAGAGAGUUUGCAAGGUGAAAAGAAAGAGAGUGAUCAAAGUGAUUCUUUAAAAGUGAGUGAGGAUGAAGAUGCCAAACGGUUUAGUUCAAGUAGCAUAAGUAGUUUAAAGAAGUUGUGGGAGAAACAGGAUUCUGACAAACUAGCCAAGUCCGAUCCUAACCAAACUAGUCCCAAGUAUGCUCCAUGUAUAUAUAAGCGGCCAGAAUUGCCAAAGUUAACAAAGGGUGAAAAAGACACGAACACUGAUACUCAACUUACAAACAAAACUCCAGAAGAUGAGGGAAAAGUUGGAAAAUUGGAAAGAAGAAUGUGGCCUCCUACCUGUGGUAGUGAACCUGACAUGAAGCUCUCUGAUGGGAAACCUUCAGUUCCUGUUAAACCAGUAGUGAAGAGUUUUAAAUUACCUCCUCCUCCUGCUGGGGUUAAACCACCACCACCAAAACCAGCGGGAAUAUAUGCUACUCCUUCGAUCAUUAGACCUCCUUCACUUCCAGUUAUUUCUGUUAAGAAAGAAGGGAAAGAAGCUGAGAGCAAAGAUGUUAAGCUUUUAAAAGAAGCUCCUCUUGGUGUAUCAGUCAAUCCAACUCCUAGUAUGACAUCGUCGGGGGGCACUGUUCCGAGCGACAGCGUGAGUGCUUCGUCAAGUAGCAGUACUGAGAAGGCCGGUCUGAUGGAACAAGGUCACUUAGUGGAGUCUUCCAUAGCAAACCUGCAGUCAGAGAACUCCACCGCUACCGUUGCUGCGUGUAUUCAAGCAGCACAGAAAGUGUCAGGCUUCCACCGUGCAUGUGGGGAUUACAUGGAUAACAUUCCACCUCAAAGUCGGUUCCAUAUGCGAGAACUUCUGACUCGCUUGGAGCUACAGACCAGACAGCUACGCUCGGCUGGUGGACGCUCAAUCGAACACAAUGAAAAGCUCUUCUUGGAAAUAGAGAACACUGUAAAAGAUAUUACUAAUACAAUACAACGUUAGUGUUUUGUAUGUACAUUAUGAAACAGGCUGAGAUACUGUACUGUGCUAGUGUUGCCAUGACAAGUUUUGUUAGCUAUUUGAGUUUCUUAUUCUCAUCGCACACGUAAGACAGGCAGGGUUGAGUAUGUGCAGUGCCAUGUCACAGAGGUCCAAGCAUGUCACUUAACAUCACAUUUACCCAGAAUUGAUUCUCAGUCUGUGUGCAAAUAACAAUACUCUUGCAUUUAAAUGAGGUACAUUACAUGUUUGGUGAAACGUAAACGGUUUUUUGUUUUAAUAUUUCAGUGCAGAUAUCUGUUAAAUAUUGGAUAAUUUGAAGAAGUUUGAUCACUUAAUGACUGCUCACAAAGUAACGAGAAGUUAAACUAUUCCACUGAAGUGUUCUGUGUUUGCCAGUAUGUUAGAGUGUCAUUUACGACAUGUAAAAAGUGAAUGAGAGUUGAGUGCUUGUGAUGUUUCAACUGUUGCUGGUGCUGGUCUAUAGCACUAUAUUUCCCCACUAUACCAUGAGUAGGGAUGAGCAAGAACCAGUUUUGAAAAUUUUGUACAUUAUGUAAACAGCUAAUUUAAAUAGGUAGCUUUUUGCAUGCAAAAUGACUUUGGUGUGUUAAUUCUAAUCAAAACAGGAAAGUAUAUCAUUAUAUUUGAAGGUGGAAACAUGAAAAUUAAACAGCUUAAUGGUGGGCACUUUUGUAGUCUUGGUGGUCACUGAUUUUCAAAGCUGUGACUUUGUUAUAUCUCCACCUUUGGAAAGUGUCUCACUGGUGUAUGCAUACAACUGUCACAUUUGUUGCAAUUUUACAUGAAUGCUAGUCUUGUGAUUUAUUGUGUAUCUAAAGGUCAACAAUGUGCAGUUGCCCGAACCAACGUAUUCUGGAAAAUGGAUUGACCUGUAAUUGUUUAUUAUGGGUGCUUAUGUUCAUUGAUCUGUUCCUGGGGCAUAUAUAUUAUUACUUCUAUGUUGUUUUGGCAGCCUUCAAAACUUUCAUACAUUAGUUUCUUAUAGUUUAGUCUAUUUGGAUUGGCAUUUUUUACCAUUAUUCUGACGUGGCUCGUCAAGGAAAUUUUUUCACUGAAAGUGGGAUAAAAUGACUUGUCUGAUACUGAAUACAAAUACUGUAUGUAAUUCUAUACUUUACCACAAGUAUUAAGCAAAAAUAUCUUGCUAAAAGGUAACUAUUUUAGUAUUUUAACGAUUUUAGUACAGUUGCCAACAAGCCUAAUGAAGAAAUUUUGAAUUAUGUUUAUACUGUAAUUGGUAAUGUUACAUUUUGUGAUAUACAGUCACUGCAUAUAUAGCACAGCUAUUCACUGAUUCAUGUCUUUAUUGGCUUUCAGUUGAGCCAUUGUUCCACUUGCCGGCAAAAAUCACAGGCGGGUGGGACGUAAUGAACAAUGACUCAGUUUGAAGCCUACAAAAUGUGGAACACUGACUAGAGAUGCUGUAUAUGCUGGGCCGUCCUGUACAUUUUUAUGUCGGUUAACACCAGGGUGUUCAUCAUUUAGAAAAAAAAAAACAAGUUUUAAUGAACAAUAAUAGACUUUGUAACUGAUGUAAAAAAUGACUAAGUGUUCUUAUGUAUCCGACUGACAAAGGAAUAAUUCAUAAGUGCAGUUGGAUAGGCUGUUAUCCCACUUGAUCAGUGAUAGGCAUAUUGCUACAUUUUAUUUGUCAUAGUUUUUUAUUUUACAAAGUAAAGCAGUAGAGCCUAACCAGAUGCAUUGAUGAAUAAUACCUUAAUGUAUAAAAACUGAAAUACUAUAUGUAGAUUAGCAAAAAUUUAUGGAGUGUAAUCUCACAUGACUUAAGAGUAACGUAAUCAGCCAUUCGUUACUGAUUAUCUCCAUACAUAUUAAUAUGAGUGUGUGUGCGCACAUGCGUGCAUGUGUGUGUAUGUGUAAUUACCGAUUUGUCAUUACAGGAGUAAAUUUAAGAUAGUGGUGUCCUAUCUUUGAAAUUUUAUUUAUCAUUAUUUAAAGUUUCCAGUGGUUGUAGCGCUCGCUGCCUCUUUGUGUAAGACAUUCCGUUCUUCUGGUAUUCUUUCAGCAGUUCUUCUUACCCUAGUGUAUAGUUAUGACUUCUUUAUCAGUUAUAGGAAAUAUUCCUUGUCAGUUCUUUUGUAGCCUCAGAAUUUGGGAUUUAGUUAUCAUGUUUCCCCUCUGUUCCUACAAUAUUAGCCAGUUAAUACGUAUCUAAUGCCUUUAGCCUGUCUUUGCAAAUCAUAUCUUUUGAUAGACAUUUUUUUAGCCAUUCUUUGAAAUUUUUUGUCUUGUCCACAAUUUAUUUUAAGGUGUGGACAGUGCAAUUACUGCAAGUUCCAGUUAUUUCUAUUAUUAUAAAAGCUUGCCAGCAUCAUUAAGAGCUUAUGAUUUUAUUAAUAUGAUUUAAUGAUGUCAUUAAUGAUGCCUGAGUCUGUUUUUUUCUCUCAGUAUCUUUUUACAUUUUAAAUUCUUUGACCUGUUUUUAUAUUCUCCUAGUUUCAUUGCAUGACAUUUAUCCACAAUAAAUUCCAUUAUUCAUCUCUUGUUACUUGUUCAAUCUAUUCAGGUCUUUCUACAGUUAAAAUUUAGGACUUUGGGUAGUUUCAAAUUUAGGUUGGAUAAGUACAUGAGUGGGAGGGUUGGAUUUGAGUGGGACUUUCACAUCAGAGCUUAUUUCUUGUGUAGCAUUGAAGACUGGGUUGGGCAAAUGUUUGUUAGUGGGAUGAAUUGUACAGGACCUGCCUAGUAUGGGCCAACAGGCCUCCUGCAGUGUUCCUCCUUUCUUAUGUUCUCUUAUGUUCUUAUGUUCUUAUUUUCAUUUUUUGUCCCACAUAGGAUUUUUUGCAUCAUCUGGAAACAUGGCCACAUCUCCUUUUUAUUUCUUCUUGCUUUAAAAAUUAUUAUUGUUAUUGAGAUAAGCACAGCUUAAUUUGGGACCCAACUAGUGAUAGUAUCUCACAAAGACAUCUUCAUUUGUAUGAUUGCUUGCAUUUACUUUCAAAUGGAAAAUCUCUCGUCCACUGCAAUAGUUUGUGUUGUAUUUUGUGUGUGUGUGUAUUGUGGCUUCCUGGUUAGUCUGGUGAGAACUAUCCAAAACUCUUGCAUUCAAAUAAUUCCAGUCUGAUCAUCCAUUUCUUGAGCAAGUUUAGUGACUGAAGUAUUAUCUUAAUAUAUUCCCAGAACUUGGUUAGUUCAGCUUUUUUUUUUGUCAGAGAGACCAGCCUUUAGUUCACAGGUCCUCCAUGUUCCUUCAUUUUUUGGAUAAAGGCAUAAAGUGAGCCAUUUUCCAUUUUCCUGCUAGGUUUCCUUUUUUUCAAUGAGAUCUUAAAAACUUAGCUUCUAGACCUAAAGUGCUGUCUUGUGCUCUAUUCCUUUUUUCAUAUCCAUAUCAGUAUUAGCCGUACUUCUUUUAUUUUUUCAGCUAUCUCAAUAUUUUGCAUUUCAUUUGGGUAGUUUGGGUUUUAAAACGACGUCAAAGGUCUCCUCUUCUGUAAACACUCAUUGGAACGUAUGUAGUAUUUUUUAACAGUGGUCGUCUCCCACUGAGGCAGGUGACCCGAAAAACAAACAGAACUUUUAUUUUUACAUUAGUAAUUUAUAUAGAAGUGGUUAAUAGCCCCUUGCUCCCAGCAUUUUAGUCACCUCUUAGGACACGCAUGGCUGUAUGUAAUAGUAUCUCUUAUAUUUUCUCCUUCAAUUUUGUCAUGUCCUCGAUUAUUCAUAUUUUUUGCCCUCAUUCAUAUUUUGCCAUGUCCUCAAUUAUUUGUAUUUCACUGUGUCUUCAGUUGUUUGUAUUUUGUCAUGUCCUCAAUUAUUUGUAUUUUGUCAUGUCCUCAGUUGUUUGUAUUUUGUCAUGUCCUCAAUUAUUCAUAUUUCAUCAUGUCCUCAAUUAUUCGUAUUUUGUCAUGUCCUCAAUUAUUUGUAUUUUAUCGUGUCUUCAAUUAUUUGUAUUUUGUCAUGUCCUCAAUUAUUCAUAUUCCGUCAUGUCCUCAGUUGUUUGUAUUUUGUCAUGUCCUCAAUUAUUCAUAUUUUGUCAUGUCCUCAGUUGUUUGUAUUUUGUCAUGUCCUCAAUUAUUCAUAUUUUGUCUCUCAUUUAAUUUGCUUAUUAUGGAUUUAAAUGAAAGAUUCCCUUCAAGGGAAUGAUGCUGGUUAAGGGCUCUUGAUCCAAAGAAUUUGAACAUACCCUCCCUUUUCUUGGUUUAAAUUUGAUUGCCUCCAUUUCCCUACUGGUUUACAAUCCCCUUGAAAUAAAUAAAUGAAUGAAAACUUAGGUUCUGUCUUGUUCUUGUCCACAAUACUAUUUUUUUAAGUUUCUCUCUCCCUCUGUAUCUGUGUAUAUUAAAAUUCUGGCACGUUUGACUCUCUGGGUGUUUCCUACAUUACUUCAAUGUGUUUAUCACUUUUUCUUUAAUAUACCGUAUUUGUACCGGUAAAUAUAUUGACUCGUGAAAUUGUAAUGACAUGAUUGUACCAUGGGUGAGGAGCGAACCAUGAGUUCAAUCCCCACCCACUCUGAGGUUUAAUAUAUUAGUUCAGAGUUCUUGCUUUCUUUCUCAUGGUUUUUCAGGACUCCAUUAAACCACUCUUGUUGUAUAGCUGUUUUAUAUUGUAAAUUAUGAUACCGUUAUUCAUGUUGCAGGACUCUUUGAAUGCGUUGUUUAUUUCUUCUUGUCUCUUAAUUCUAAUUCUUUUAAAGCUUAGUACCGUUUUUUAAUUUAUUGUAAUAAUAAUAAUAAUAAUAAAUUACUGUAUUAUUUUUGGGAUUACUCCAGCCAUGUUUGUAUAUCAAAAUUUAAAAAAAAGGGGAGAGUAUUUUUCCUCAUUUUCAGUUGUGCUUUUAAUAAGCUAUGAUAGCCGAGGUGGUUCAUGUUUUAUCUCAUUCAUUUUUUUCUCCAUUCAUUUAUUGUGGCUACAUUUCUAUAGUUUUGCUAUCUUGGAUUUGCAUGUGUGUUUCUGCUGAAUUUCUCUGUCUUAUUCAUUCGUGUGUAAUUUUUUUUUUUUUUUCAACAAGUCGGCCGUCUCCCACCGAGGCAGGGUGACCCAAAAAAAGAAGAAAAUCCCCAAAAAGAAAAUACUUUCAUCAUCAUUCAACACUUUCACCACACUCACACAUUAUCACUGCUUUUGCAGAGGUGCUCAGAAUACAACAGUUUAGAAGCAUAUACGUAUAAAGAUACACAACAUAUCCCUCCAAACUGCCAAUUACUGUUAGAAAUAUUGACAGUAGUUUGGUAAAUACACAUAGACAUUAAGGUGUGACGUUUUGCCCAGCAGGGGAUUUGUCAAGCAAGUGCAUACAUUAUGUGGACACAUCUUGCCCCUCUAUAAAUACUCAGUGUCCAUGUGUUGUAAAUAUUGGUUUAACAAAGACCUUGAUGACUAAAGCGUUGCCUUCAUAAACAUUUCAUUGAUCAUUAUUUUGUAUCGCUCAUUUUCAUCCAUAAAGAACAAAAAGUUACAAUACUGUGACUGGAACAAUACACAAAUAAACCGGCACAUAGGAGGGAGGAACUUACCACGAAAUUUUGGUCCAACUUGCACCAUUAAUGAUCCAACUUGGACCAAAACAUCAUCACAAGUUUCUUUUACCUGUGUGUGAGUUUAUUUUCAUACAUACUGUGAUCCCUAAGGGUUAAGGUCUUCUCCCUGAAUAUAAUACAUAAUAGUAAUUUUUUGAUAUGCUAUCUUAUCCUGUCUAUCAUGUUCUUCAAAGUUCACUGUCCAUUAUUUACCUAAUAUAUAGUUCUUCAUUUUUCUAUGCUACCUCUCUGUUUUGUCUAUAUUUCUUUAUCUUAUUGUAAUAAGCUGACAGUAUCUUCAGAGCCUUAGUUUUUUCAACACUUCUUUUUAUGAAUAUAAGUAUAAUGAACUUUUAUCAAUGCUCAGUAAUAACCCACAUAGACACUGAAACUCAGAAGAUUAAUUGAUCAGUAUAUUUCAAUCCUUUUCUGGGGUCCUCUUCAGCAGAUACACCAAAGGAGACCAUGAGUAUAAAGAGAAGGUUGCGUCUCACUGCACAAUGAGAGGUUCAACCUUCUCUAUAUAUUCAUGUUCUCCUUUUACUUGUAUAUCUGCUGAAGAGGGCCCCAGAAGGGGGUCAAAAUAUACAGAUCAAUUUAUCUCUUGAGUUUGUCUCCAUAUAGCUUAUUAUUGAGCACUUAUUUCCAUGUUCACAUUCUAUGCCAUAUUAAUGUUAACUUUAAUUUCCCCUAAAAUACAGUAUAAAAUAUUUAUUCUUCAUCAUCCCAGGGAAAAACAUUGCUGUUUAUGCUACCCUAAUUACCAGAAACAAAUAGUAAUAGUAAUAGCUGCACACUAGGACAAGAGAAUAAUAAACUUGCUGCACACUAGGACGAGAGAGUAAUAAACUUGCUGCUCUCUGGACACCAUUAGCUAAAGCUCACUACUUUUACAUCUAUUUAACAUAGGUAAGAAUUCUGGUGGAGUGAACAGCAGUUUUUACCUUGAACAUGACUGUCCAGACGUCUCCAGCCAUAUUAUCCUGUUUUUUUUUUUUAUACUUAAAUCUCUUGCAAUUCAUAAUUUGUUUUUCUUAAAAAUUUUUUGCACAUUUUACCAGUGAAGAAAACUUUUUUUGCAUUUUUUCUCAUUUUCUUUCCUUCAUUUAUUUUUCACUCCAAGUGCUCAAUUUUUUCAUUCUUGCAGGAAUUCAAAGUUAUAUAUUUUACUUAAUGCUGUAUCACCCAUAUAGGUUUAGAGCAUAUUUUAAUAUAUUAAGUUUACAUAAUACCUUUGUAUCCACAAAUACACAUUGAUUUUUAUUCCUUCUGACAAGUCAUUUAAAUAAAUGAAUAACUAUUUUGCAAGUAUCAAUAAUUAGGCAGCCAACUGGAGGUUCCCAUGAAUAUAUAAAUCCGAGGCAGCGUGACCAGAAAAAGAAAUGCUUUCACCAUCAUUCACACUAUCACUGUGGAAAAAUAGAUGCAGAUGCAGUAUAGUGUGAUUAUUGACUAUGUUUCACCUACACAGUGGACUUUAUCAAGUCACAAACAGAUCUGCCUGGGUAAAGAGUACAGGAGUAUAUAUAGUGUGGAGAGUCAGGUGGAGAAUGUUGGGUAGGUUGUAUCUGAGAUGGACCUGCACAGGGCGGGCGGGUGUGUGUGUUGUUAUAUAGGAUAACGAUGAAGUUUCUUGGCAAGGGGUUCAGCUAUAUUAUAGAAGUUGUUACCAAGAAACUUCUUCAUCGCUAUCCUACAUAACAUACAUACCCACCUGUCCUGUGCAGGGUCGUCUUAGAUCCAACUUACCCAGCAUUCUCCACCUGACUCUCCACACUAUAUACUCGUGUACUCUUUACCCUGGUAGAUCUGUUUGUGACUUAGUAAACCCCACUCUGUAGGUAAAACGUAGUCAAUAAAGGAUCACAUUAUACUGCAUUUGUUUCUUUUCUCCACACUAUUACUGCCUUGCCAGAAGCAUGAAAGUAUGACAUUUCAGAUGUCCUUCCAAAUAGCAAAUAUCUUUAACCCCUCCUUCAGAGUGUGGGCAUUGUAAUUCCCAACUCCAGGACUCAAGUCCGUCUAACCGGUUUUCCUGAAUCCCUUCACAAAAUGUUACCUUGCUCACACUCCAGCAGCUCGUCAGGUCCAAAAAACUAUUUGCCUCACUCCUAUCUAACAUGCUCACACAUGCCUGCUGGAUGUCCAAGCCCCUUGCCCACAAAUAAUUAGGUUCUCUAUCUUCAACAUCACUCCCAGUAUAUUUCUCUCAUGGGACAAGUCCAGCUGCAAACCUUUGAACUGGGAAUACGCACUGCUCAGUGAUGGGCCUAGCAUAUGAUAUAUAUACAAUUCUAUUUUCAUUGCUAAAGCUCCUGAAUGCUGUUCUGAGGUUUGCCAGUCUGGCAUCUGCUGCUGAAGUUAUGGGGUUGAUGUGCAGUUUUGGUGAUGUUUGGUGUGAUAUUAACUCCAAAUCCUUUGUUCUUGACUGUGGGUGUUUGUCUCUCUGUUAAGUACAGGAGCAGAGUUAACCUUGUAGUGUACUUCCUUCAGUGAAGAUUAAGAGACACAUGUAACAGUUGGGUAUAUUUAUUGAUGAAAUGUUUUGCGUACACAGUAGACUUCUUCAGUCAAAUACAGAGGCAGCAGGUGUAGUAAUGAAAUAAGAUGAUGUAAUCAGUCCAUCAACCUUGGAGAAAAAGUAUAUGAGAUGGUCAGUCCCUCAGCCCAGAGAAAAGUUCAGUUCCAUGGUCUGGAAUGAUAUUGGUAUUUUAUACUAUUUUCAACACCAUCUUCAGUGUUUAUUCAAUAUUUUUUUUUUUUAGUUACCAGUGAUUAUAGCACUAACUCCUCUUGUUACCCAUUCUAUUGUUCUAGUAUUCUUUGAAGCACUUUCUAAUAUCCUUUCAACACCGGUUACAUAGUUUAUAGUUAUGGUUUCUUGAACUCUAAGAUUAUUCAUUGACAGGGCAUGAACUGUGGUCUGUAAAUUGACAGUGAUAAAUGUUUCCGGUGGCAAAGAUGAUCGAGUGUCAGACUGUUAAUUUACAGUAUUUCACAUCCCGUGUCCAUCCUUCUGUUUAUGGUCUCUUGUUCAGCCAGUUAAUGUUAUCAUUUCUUUCAUUUCAUUGUAUAAUCUUUUACUGUAUGUCCUUAUUGCUCUUAGUGAAUGCAGUCUGUCAGUUCACUUUUAUCAGUUUUGGUAGCUGUUUUGUAGCUUGUCUUUGGACAUUUUCUAGCUAGUCUUGUUUUAUAUUAGGUGGAAACACCAUACACCACUACUGCGUAUUCCAAUUUUGGAACAUGCAGUGGUUAAAAAUCAGGUAAGCCAGUUGAUAGAUAAGUGAGGAUCUGUGACUUAACUCAGCAAACACUACUAAGCAAGUACACAAACCCACAAGUGCAUCAAGACUGAUGCUUUAGUCAAGGGGAAACGAGCCAUGAAGCAAGACUAGUUCUUAUGUUAUAGAGGAGUGACAAACAUGAGAGAUGAUUAACAUGAAAAUACUCAGGAAAAGAGAGGGGGACAUAGAUGAUCAGACAGACAGGUUCUUUAUCAGGGCUUCAACAAGGAGAGGGUAUGCUGGGAAAUUUCGCAGUUAUACGAGUCAGUCACAAGAAUAUCCAAAAACACUUCAACAAAGUGGUAAUAAAAAGUGUAGUGAAAUUCUGAGAGAUAAUAGAAAAAGAAAUUUAUACAGUGGCUGAGAGACAUUUACAGUCUCCCGCUCAGCUUGCAAACUCAAAUAGGUUCGCUAAUUACUAAGAGGUAAUUACCAUUGACACGCAUGCACACAAAACACAACACACACACACAUGCUCUGAAAUUUGCAACAUUAGGAGUUUAUCUGGAGUGUAAAUGGGAGGUGUUCCAGGUGUUGCAAAUGCACCAUUGAUACAAUCAUAGUGGUUGCCAACUCCUAUGAAGCUGGUAAUCCUAGUGUGUCCCAAUAAAGAACACGGGUUUGUAUCUCUUAUCAGGCUCACGUUGCCUUCCUUAACAAAGACUGAUAAGCAAGCAAUUAUGUUUGAUUUUUUUCUGCACCUUCUCUGGUAUUGUUACACAAGAUAAAUUAGUGCAGUGUGCAGAAUGUCAAUGUGUGUGUUUGGGUUGAAUGUAAUCCCUGCAGUUAACUUAUACCAGUUAUUGCUAUGUACAUAAGUAAUUCAACAUUUAUUUUAUAUUUGAUCAUAUGCAGAAAUAAUUAAAUUUUAUUUAUAUAAAGCAGUAAUGAUUUAUAAGGUAAUGUGAGAUACUGUAAGUUUGUUAAAGGUUUUUAAUUUGAUGGAGGUAGCAAUAUGCAGUUAGGGAAUUAUUGAAACAGCUGCAGUGUAGCAACUUUCCACAUUGGAAAAUAGGUAGACUGUGUUGCUCGACCACAGUGGAGGCGCACCCAGCGCUGAUAUUCGUGCUACGGAGGUCUUGGUUAGAAAUAUACAUGAUGAAAUAAUACACUGCCCACUGUUUAAGUAUUUAAUUCGUUUACUUGUAAAAAAAAAAUUGUAGGUUGACUAGGAGAAAAAUGUGCAUUUUAUCUACAUUUUACAGAGAUAUUGUCAGAGAUAUGCUCAAGAAAGAAAAUGGUAAUCUCCCAUUCUGUACAAUUCCUAAUAUUUUUUUGCAUGCAUUGCUGUUAAUGGCAAACUAGUAAUAUGAUUCACGUGUCUUAUUUAUAUACGGUAUACAUUUAUUUGUAUUUCAUACAAAUAUUUUCUGAUUUACAGUUAUCGAGGUGGAUCAGAAAUUUGUUUAGUGGGAGUUUAUACUGUAUAAAAUUUGUAUUCAUUAAACUUUAUAUAAGAAAGGGCAAUAGUAUGGUGAACUAGCUAAGGUAAAAAUGGUUGGAUAUGCCAGUUACACUCCACUAAUCAUUCCUUAAAAGAUGCUUUGAAUUAGCCUGUUGCAGCUUAUUGCAAACAUACAAUGGUGUGUCGUACAAAGACCCUUGGAUCAAGUUUUGCAUCCAGUAAGAAUUUUUAGUCCUUGUACAGGUAAGUUCUGAACAAUGUAGAAAAUUUGUAUGAAUAUUGAAUUAGUCAUUUUUAUUGUGAUUUUUAUGAGGUCUUAUUCACUACCACUAGAUAUAGACUUUACCCAUUUUACCAGAUGUCAUUCCCCAUUUUUAAAGUAACAGUAUUACAAUAAUUUAUUGUAAGGCCCCAAAUAUGAAAAUAUAUUUAUAAAUGGCGUGCAAAUGCUGACUUAAGUAUAUAUUACGAGUGUGGUAUGGCCUUUCAGGGGUCACAAAUGAGGCUAAAUAUUCAUGCAUCCUGAUGUGAUGCCCAGGCCUGGGAGCAAAUCCUAAGCAGUUUGGCAUGUGUUAUGAGUCGUGGAACAGUAACAUUACAUUAAUUUAUUUCCCCCCCCCAUCCCCCAUAGUUUUGUAAUGAGUGUGGCAAACUAUAAUCAUGAGUUAAAUAUUUUCCUUGGAACCUGAAAGGCGCAGUUGAUUGGUAGGCAUGAAUUGACAUAGAGAAAAUAUAUCAGAAGGUAAAAGGAGUAUAAUAUAUUUUAGUCAUAGGCUGAAGUCUCCCCAGUAUGCUACAGUAGGCCCCAGUGCAUGGUUAAAAUGUACAGUACUCUCUGUUUUGUUCUACUUUCUCCAUGUACGGUUUAUCAUCAUUAACUGGUGUUUAUUACACUUUUGUAACUGAAUCCAGUUAUAUAUUACUGUACUGGUUGGUGAUAAAUGUUUCAUCUUGGCAUCCCACACUGCAACUAGUCUUACUGAGGUUAUAUUUCAGUUGUUGGUCAUUGGUGGCUCUGUCAGUGUGCAAAGGAAGUGUGGUGUUAGGUCAUGGGUCCAUUUCCCUGUGGGUUUUGUUUUUGUUUGCGAUGUUACCUGGGACAAAUUGCUCUGACCAGACUCAUGGGGUCGACUGUAAUAUAGAUAUCUGUACUUGGUGACAGACAAGUAAAGCAGCAACUAGUAUUUUAUAAUUUAUAAUUUGCCAACAUAUUCUGUGAUUUAUUUUCAAUGCUUUUAUGUCUUUGGUACCAACACUGGUAUACUCACAUUUUUAUGAAAAUAUUUAAAUAUAAUCAAAUAAAGAAAACUCAAGGU